AUGGCCAAGACUUUUACCUUCCAAGACAUCCCAGUCAAAUCGCCAAGCUUCGGUGCCAUGGGCCUGAGUUUCGGCAUGGGAAGCAAGUUAAGCCUCGAAGAAGCUGAGCACGUGCUUCUCCAGGCGAUUGAGCUGGGAUGUACCCUCUGGGACACAUCUAUCUUCAACCAGGUUGUUUACGAGGCUGGUGUCGACGAGAAGCUCUUAGGCGACUUUACCAGAAAACAUAACGUUCGCGACAAAGAGUGCAUUGAGCACACAAUCGAGAGGCUCGGUUUCACACCUGACCUCUACUACCUUCACCGCAUCGACCCUAUUGCCAAUAUCGAUGCUCUCCAAGCUGAGAACUCGGCAUUCGAGACCCUCCACGAGGCCGAUGGCUUAAUUGAAGCUGCCAGAGAGCUUGGAGUGGCAUACGUGGCUUACAGCCCACUGGGUCACGGAGUGAUAAAGACACUACGUGGAGGUCCCAAGUUCCAGGGUAAAAACCGUUACAAGAAUAAGGCCAUCGUUGACGAGAUCAAGAAGCUCGCCAACCGUAAAGGAUGCAGCCUGCCUCAAAUUGCCCUUGCGCGGGUUGAUGCUCACCGAAUGAUUCCCAUCCACGGCACAACCAAAACCAAGAGACUGGAAGAGAAGUGGGUGUCGAGGAACGUCAUUUUGACAGAAUAG